AUGGAUCUCGGUCCUAGCAGUUUUGCCUUGCAACAACAAAACAUUGAUUCUCCUGCAUUUAUCGUCAAGCGGGACCCCGAGAAAACAUUCUCCUUAGUGGAAGCGACGGCGACUGCUAAUGCUUUAGCGGAUAUAUCAGCUAUAAUAUCACAACAAUUUACCAAUCAAAGCGACAACUCUGAGGAUGGUGCAACUCGUGACCUGGAUCAUCCAUGUUGGGAUUACAUGCACAAAUCUGACGACCUUGAUUCUAUGGUUUGCCGUGUUUGCGCACAGCAAAUCAAACCGAUUGAUGUUCAAAAGGCCAUGGAACAUUUUAUAAGUUGUCAUCCUCAGAUCGCUGCUGAGUUUGAACAGUCGUGGCAGAUGAGAUUACAGUUAAAAUCGUCAGUUAAUCGACCAACUGAUGAACCAUUAUCGUCCAAAGAAGGUUCCGAAAGACGAGGCGGACAUGGAACUGAGCAUCCAUGUUGGCGCUAUUUCACCCGCAAUCGAAAAAGCGCUGAUUGCAGGAUGUGCGGUACACAUGUUGCCUAUGCAUGCUCUGGAAAUUUGAUGAGACAUCUGAGAUCAAGGCAUAUCUCUGAAUCUGUAAUCACUCAAAAAGAAUGGGAAGAGAUUCAAAAAAGGAAAAAACAACUGUGUGAACUAAGGAUGAUGGCUACGGCAAAUGUUUGUGGUUCAGAAGAGCAGCCUCAUUCAAACGCUGUUUCGUAUGCAUAUGUUGAUGAAGAACAGGAUGGAAGUAUGGCUGGAGCUGGGGCUGGAGAAGAAUAUGAUGGAGUUGCUGAAAAUGAUGAACAGAGGUAUAGAAAAGAAAGCAGUGCUUCCUCGUCUAUUGCAAGUGAUGUAAAAGUGAGCGGAGGCAACGACGCUACUGGCAGAAAUGCACAGACAUUUGCUGGUGCACAUAAUCCAUCGAUUGAAGGGAUAUCCCCGAAACACCAGCAAAAUUCGGGUCCUCUAUCGGGCGGUGGUCGUUCCCGAACUUUCAAUACUGGAAGAAAUGCAGCUUUUCAUAAGCGUAUAAAUUCUUUUGUUAGCGGACUCGCGGAGGAAUUGUCAUCAUUUCCAAUGCAAAAGUCAUUGGUUUGCAUGCGACGAAUCAGGAAAUUCAUGGAUGAACAAUUGCUCGAGUUGGAUGAAGUUACUCAAAUUUUUGAUGAUGAUGCUGGGAUAUUGUAA